AUGAACAAGGGAUGCUAUCGUCAUACUUUGGAUACUGCUGCGACAGCGAACUCUGUCUAUGCCAUCGGUCUGGCAAACUAUGAGACAGACGAUAGCUCGAAGGCCAUUCCAGCCGCUCUGCUGUUCUUCAACAUGAACAAGGGAUGCUAUCAUAUGACAGACGAAGCAGUCUCUCGGUACUUGAACGACGCGUCAUCAAAAAAGGGCGCUGGGGCGAUCGACUUUUUCAAUUUUAUGGAUGCUACGUCUCGGGAUCGUGGUUCCAUGUCGGCGGCUUGGCUUCAGGGAGUGGAUCGUCUCAAGAAUAUAAGCCUCAAGCGACGACUGAAGGCUGAGUGGGAAGCAACCACGAAAGCCCGCAAAGGCUUUUGGGAUCGACUCGAUGAGCAAGAGCGAGAUGAGGUGUAUUGCAAAAACUUGGAAGUGUCUGUCGUAGAAGACAAGCUUUAUGUUGCAGAGCAGCAUUCGAGCCGCAUUCAACGAGCAGGGACCUCAGGAACAGUUGUGCAACGUGAAGUCCAUGCAGAUGCCAUAAACCAAGAUCAGGACGUUGCAGCGCGUCUACCCGAAAGCACAUCGUCGGACAACAAAAGACGACAAUCUGAUGUCUUGGCUGAGAACCCUCAAGAGCAGGACCAUCCGCAACAGAGAAAAAAGCGCCAGCAGCGCCACCAACAACAUCCCCAGGACGAUGAGGGCCCGGUGCACCGACCUUUCUUCGACCCAGCCACCGCCAUUCCAUCUCCGCUUGAGAUCGAGGGCGUCGAUAUUGGAAACCCUUUCAGGCGACUACAGGAUGAAGCUGCCGCUGUCGUUAACGAUGUCAAGAAGACAUUGACACUGGAGUUCCUCCCCUUCUUUUUGGCAGCCAACCACAUCUGGGAUGCGACCUACCAAUUGCCAGGCAUGUCGGAUGAUGACCACGAUACUAUUCAGGGUGCGCUCCAUGUCCCCGUCGUUCGUUUGUCGGAGCACCUUGUGUUGUUCAGUCGAUCUUUGGGACAUGAUAUGACUUCCAAGGGGUAUAUCCGGUCACGGGAAACACAGUCUCGAGAACAGGACGCAUUGCUCGUGUUACUUCAGCAAGCGAGCCAAAAGCUUCCCAGGAAGUUCUUGCCAUUUAAACAUCUCAGAAAUGAAGACACACACGCGCAUUCCGUCCUUGACAGCUUAUUCACGUUUGUGUUCCCAGCUUACCAUCAGCGAUAUGAGCUUCAUUGGGCCAAUCGAGCAUCGAAUGGGUCGUCCGAACGCAGGAAAGGGGACGCAUAUAAACCUGACGCUACAGUUCUCAGGGAUGGCUUUGAACUGGGCUUUAUGGAGAUGAAGCCACCGAGGGAAGAGCGCCAUCAACGAGCUUACUUGGAGGACAUGUGGGCAUUGUCUGGAUUCGCCAAGGACGCCAUUGACCUGCAUUUGAGACACUCCCGGAUCCUCACUGCUGCUCCUUGUGUGCAUGUGUUUGGCUUUCAAAUGACAUUGUACCAACUCACAUUCCAGAACGGGAUAUAUGUGUGGCAGAGUGUGCACGCCUCCUACCUGCCAAGGGACCAAUACGACAGCGGCAACAUGAUGGACUGUGUUGAGUUGCUCAAGACAUUCAAGGCCAUCAUGGACGAGUCUGGAACGGAGCGAAAACGACGAGGAGCUUCCGGCUCCAUUUCGCCCGCGGCCCACGAACAUCACCCCCUCCAAAAGGCCGUUCUUCGGUCAUGCAAAACGUCCAUCUAG